AUGCCAGUUGAACUUUUGGAUACGAAUCCAAAGACCCAUAUCUAUCAUCAACUACCAAUAGCUGAUAAGCUUGGGACAAAUCGUAAUAAUGAUUUAUUAAUUAUGAUACCUGGAAAUCCAGGAUUGAUUGAAUUUUAUAUUACAUAUCUUGAUUUAAUUCAACAAGAAUUACCUAGUUUUGAAAUCUUAUGUAUUGCACAUGCUGGAUUUCUGGGUAAUGAUGACGAACCCCAAGAAUCCUUUGAUUUAAAGUUUCAGAUUGAACAUAAAUAUCAGAUAAUUAAAGAGUUUAUUUUCAAGAGAUAUAAUCAAAAUCAAAAACAAGUUCAAUUAUACGUCUUGACUCAUUCUAUGGGUUCUUUUGUAUUUCAAAGAUCUCUAAAGAAAUUAUUACAAGAUCAGGAAUUGAAAGAUAAAUUCCAAGUGAAAUUCACCGGAUUCAUAACUCCUACUAUUUUAGAUAUCGCCAAUUCGGACCUGGGGAAAAAGGUUGCCAAGGCCAUGGAAUUCAAUAUCCCCAUUAUUCCAAUCUUAUUAUUCUUUCGUGUUUUGAUAUUGUUAAUAUUUGGAGAACAACAACUUAAGAAAAUGUUAGGAAAUCAUCUCUCAAAACAAAACAAAGAUAUAAUCGGAUUAGAGAACUCUGUGAUUGGUUCAUAUAAGAUCCUACAAUCAAAAGCAGUCAUCAGACAAGCAUUGACUAUGGCACAAGAAGAAAUGCAUGUCAUUGAUCUUGAUGAAAGUAUAAAUGAUUGGUAUUUCCAAGAUUCAACUAAUGGUUUUAAACGAUGGGUUUUCUUUGCUCAAGAUGAUCAUUGGGUAGGUAAUCAUACAAGAGAACGUAUAAUUGAAAAAUAUGGAAACGAUGGUAGUGAGAAGAAUGAAAAUGUGAUGAUUGAAAUUUGUCGGGAUUUGGAUAAUCCUAUUGCUCAUAGUUUUUGUGUUUGUCAAAGUAAAGAAUUUGCUGAAAUUACUGUAGAUAGAAUUGUUGGGUUAUGUGGAUUGAAUAAUGGAAAGAAGUCAAUUGAAUAA